GGAUAGUUAGCUGUGGGACCACGACAGCUAAGGGGGUUUGAAUUUCCAACCGGGAGAGCCACAGAGGAUCACCGCUAACUUACAUACACAAUUACCGGUCUCUAGGGUUGACGGAUGAGUAGAUUGUAGAAGAGCAGGGAGGAUUGGGGUUAACAGUCAGACACAGUUCCACCCUGACAACCCAGUCACAACCAUGAUCACAGCGAUGCAGCAGGUGUUGGAUAACCUGGGGGAGCUGCCCACCUCCACGGGGGCCAAAGACAUCGACCUCAUCUUCCUCAGAGGAAUCAUGGAGAGUCCCAUUGUACGGUCACUCUCCAAGGCCCACGAGCGAUUGGAGGACUUGAGGCUGGAGGCGGUGCAGGACAACAAUAUAGAGCUGGUCACAGACAUCUUGGGUGACAUCACAGCCCUCAGCGUCCGUGAUGACAGCGCAGCGGAACUCUCCCGAAUCCUUCAGGAGCCCCACUUCCAGUCACUCCUUGAGGCCCACGACAUGGUAGCCUCUAAGUGCUAUGAGGCCGUGCCCCCAGCGGAGCUGUUUAAUGAGGAGCUGGGGAACAGUUCUCUGAUGCAGGCUGAUGCUGUACGCAUGAUCGGCAUCCGCAAGAAGGCUGGAGAACCACUGGGAGUGACGUUCAGAGUGGAGAAGGAGGAGCUGGUCAUCGCUAGGAUCCUCCAUGGAGGAAUGAUUGACAGGCAGGGUCUGCUGCACGUGGGUGACAUCAUAAAGGAAGUGAAUGGGCGGGACGUAGGGAACAACCCCACUGAGCUGCAGGAGAUGCUGAAGGACUGCAGCGGAGGAAUCACUCUGAAGAUACUGCCUAGUUAUAGAGAUGCACCCGCCCCACCACAGGUGUACGUGCAACCCCACUUUGACUACGAUCCAGCAAAUGACCAUCUGAUCCCCUGCCGAGAGGCGGGGAUUGGCUUCAAGAGGGGGGACCUCCUUCAGAUCGUCAACAGGGAGGACCCCAACUGGUGGCAGGCGUGUCAUGUGGUUGGUGGAGCCACUGGACUGAUCCCCAGUCAGUUCCUGGAGGAGAAGAGGAAAGCCUUCGUCCCAAGAGAUUUUGAUGGCUCAGGGAUCCUGUGCGGUACGAUAACUGGAAAGAAGAAGAAAAAGAUGAUGUACUUAACAGCCAGGAAUGCAGAGUUUGACAGGCACGAGCUGCAAAUCUAUGAGGAGGUGGCCAAGAUGCCCCCAUUCCAGAGGAAGACUCUAGUUCUGAUUGGAGCCCAGGGGGUGGGCCGACGCAGCCUCAAGAACCGACUGGUGGUCCUUAACCCAACAUGCUUCGGAACCACCAUUCCCUUCACCUCCCGGCGUCCCCGUGACGAUGAGCUGGACGGUAAGUCAUACCGGUUUGUGACGCGGACGGAGAUGGAGGCGGACGUGAAGGCGGGCGGCUACCUAGAGCACGGCGAGUACGACGGGAACCUCUACGGAACCAAGAUGGACUCCAUCCACGAGGUGGUGGACACGGGGCGCACCUGCAUCCUGGACGUCAACCCACAGGCUCUGAAGGUACUAAAGACUGCAGAGUUCAUGCCGUAUGUGGUGUUCAUUGCAGCACCAGAGUUUGAGACGCUCAAGGCCAUGCACAAAGCUACGGUGGACGCUGGAAUCACCACCAAACAACUCACGGAUGUGGAUUUGAGGAAGACUGUUGAUGAGAGUGCUCGUAUCCAGAGGACCUACAACCACUACUUUGACCUCGCCAUCACCAACGACAACCUGGACCGCGCCUUCCAAACGCUACAGGCUGCCGUCGACAAACUCUGCUCCGAACCACAGUGGGUCCCCGUCAACUGGGUCUACUGAACCCCAACCGGACACUGACCGGUCAACUUGACCGUGUAUGUGUUCGACCACAGAGACAGGGGAAAGGAAAGGAGGAAGGGUGUUCGUCAGGGACUUUGACGGGGAAAACCCAAACCAACCGCCUCGUCCCUCUCUCCCUUCCUCCUGCACACAAUGCACAUUUUUUCUACUCGAAACUCAAAGGCAAAUAGUUCUUAUUUAUUUUAAUAUUUGUAACUUUUUACGAAAUAUCUUUCUAUUCAUACCAACGUGGAAUUCAGAAACAUGAAAAAAAUUAAAAGGCCAAACAUCACGGCCAUAUUUAUUUGUUGUUAUGUUUUUUUUGUUUUUUUGUAGUUGUUCCUCUGAGAGCUAAUGAUGUUUGUUUUUUUGUAGUUGUUCCUCUGAGAACUAAUGAUGUUUGUUUUUUUGUAGUUGUUCCUCUGAGAACUAAUGAUGUUUGUUUUUUUGUAGUUGUUCCUCUGAGAACUAAUGAUGUUUGUUUUUUUGUAGUUGUUCCUCUGAGAACUAAUGAUGUUUGUUUUUUUGUAGUUGUUCCUCUGAGAACUAAUGAUGUUUGUUUUUUUCUCCGAGGACUGCUUUGAAAGAGUUAUUAUUGUUAUAUCAACACAGUUCAAGAACGAAGUUCAAGAACGACACUAUGGAAUAUUCCAGAACUAUGAGCAGUGUUGCCAAGGAAACCUGUUUACAGCGCUCGUUAUUGCCAUGACAACUACCGUGUCUCAGUCCAAAUCCUGUGAAGCCCACCCUUGUGAUUGUCGUAGGACCUCCCACCCCACUCCAAAGAAAAUCCCCUACAGUGCCCUGUAGUAUGUACUGUAGUUGGCUACCCCUUGAUUGGUUUGUGUUUAUCUCUUUAGAAUUAUGACUUAAGAAAAAAUUGACUUAUUGUCUGAAUAUCUAACCCUCACACAUCCCACAAAGAGAAUGAAGGGAAAAAGCUUUACACUUUACAUUGUAGUAUUGAAUAUCAGGAUCAAAACACUGUGUCUGUGUUUCAUGUCUUUCAUUGAGUUGUCUGUACUUUUAUUUUAGUACCGUAGGAUUCACUGUCUUUCAUUGAGUUGUCUGUACUUUUAUUUUAGUACCGUAGGAUUCACUGUCUUUCAUUGAGUUGUCUGUACUUUUAUUUUAGUACCGUAGGAUUCACUGUCUUUCAUUGAGUUGUCUGUACUUUUAUUUUAGUACCGUAGGAUUCACUGUCUUUCAUUGCUACGGUGAUCUUUUUAGCUAAGUGACAUUUUUGUCUCGCAUGAUCCUUUGCUUUGAGUUGUUGUUUUCGAAUAUUGAACAAAUACUACAUCCUGUUUUGAAGCGUUCUGUCUGUGUUGUGUCGACAGCAUGACCAUCAGAAUACCACUCACCAUCUACCCUAAUCUGUAUGUAAGGUGCUUAUUGUUGUUUUUUAAUCUGUUGCUAUCCCACAGUCCUCUCCUCCAGUAUCACAUCUCUAAAACCCUCCUGCACUGUAACCUAAAUACUACAUUCUGUUUCCUGUGGUCACUCUGAAAGAUUUCCCAACUAGUGACCAAUAACAGACAUCUCUAAUAGCAAUACAUUGUUACAAUAAAUUAACUGAAAUUCA